CAAACGUGCCUCUCUGCCUGCAGAACACCCUGAUCUACCUGAUGGCCCCCUUCCUGGCUCAGCUAGUGACGGAGAAAAGAAAGCAAGUAAGAUUAUCUCCAGGCAAAAUGUCAACUAAGAACUCCACAGAACUAGUUGAAUAUGUUGACAAAGGUUGCCCCUUUCUUCCUGCCAUGCCAAGCAACCAGACAAGUCAACUACAAGACAGGCUGAAUAACCAGGAGCGCACCAUAGCCUUCCUCCUUGAGCAGGCCUUCCGCAUCAAGGAGGACAUCUCUGCUUGCCUCCAGGGAAGCCAGGGCUUUCGAAAAGAAGAAUCUCUUGCCAGGAAGUUACUAGAAAGUCACAUACAGACCAUCACUAGCAUCGUCAAGAAACUCAACCAAAACAUUGAGCUCCUAGAAGACCAAAUAAGAAUCCGAGACCAGGUGGCCACAGGAACUAAUUUUGCAGUGCAGGAUCUAAACAUCAAACACAUACAAGGAGUUGGAGACCUUCGGGGAAGAGUAGCCAGGUGUGAUUCAAGCAUUGUGAAGCUUUCGGGAGACAUGCAGUUCAUCAGGCACGAGUGCCGACAGACUGAGAAAUCAGUUCAAGAACUCGCUUCUGCUAUAGAAACCAUUUCCAAGAACUUGGAUGUAAAGGUAAUGCAGCUCUUAGGAAAGAUAGAGGCCUCUACCUCUGAACAUACGUCAAAUUUAAAGACAGUCCAAGGUGAUUAUCAGCAUGAAAUGAACCUCUUGGAUUUCAAAUUUAACUCACUUUCUACAAACAUAUAUGAAGAAGUUGAAAACAAUCAAAAAUGGACAGAAAACCAGUUUAUCAAGUACAGAAAAGACCAUCUGGGCCACAUGAAUGAAUGUCUGAAGGUUGUUCAAGAAAAGCUGGAAAAGUCUGAGAAUAAGAUGGAAGAAAAAAUGCUGCAACUUUCAAGCAAGUUGGAGAAUUUUAUUAACUCCCAGAAACAGGAGGCAGAAGUAAACAAAGUGAAAGCCAUAGAAAAUAAAGUGUCCAAGAAAAUGUGCCAAAUAGAGAAGCGGAUCUGGGGGGAACUAGAGAAAAUGCAAAAUGACUAUCAAUCAGGAUUUAAAUCAAUCCACGACUCCCUCAAUUCUCUCCAACAAAUACAGAAAACAAAGAUGGAUUUAGAGAAAUAUAAAGUACAGAAAGACCUAAAGAAAUUACAGCGUAAAAUAGUGGAACUCCAAGAAGUAUAACUUUGAAGGCACUUUCUUUCCAGCAGCAGAUGGGAUUUCAUUGUGUACAGAUGGCUAUCCUGAAACUCUAUGAAGACCAUGAUGGCCUGGAACUCGCAGAGUUCCCACCUCUGCCUCCCAAGUGCCAGGAUUAAAUUGGGGCACCACCUUGACCAGCUGAUACAACCAUAAUUUUAAAAUGUGCUGUUCUGGUGAGAACGCUUGAUUCGCUGCCUCAUCUGCAAGUGUUUUCUCUGGUUCCUUACUGUGCGUCUCACAAUCCACGAUUAUUGGGCCGACAGCUUCCGAUUCAGUUCCAACAUUCUUUUAUCACCGUGGGUCUCGGCAUUCCUCACCAAAACCUGCAUGAAAUCAUGCAGAAGUUUGUAGUCAGUAUUAUUAAAGCAUAAUCCUGACCGUA